AUGUCCACUUCUCCCGAUGUAACUUCAGAGGCUGCGGUAAAAAGCUUUCUGCCAUUGAACAUACUGGACUAUUAUAAUGCCCCUGUCAGACGAGGAUGGUGGACUCCCAACCGACGAGGCAUUGCAAGCGGGAAGGAGCCCUUGCUCACUCUCGAGGAAAUCAGGGCUGUGUCAUCGGGUGUAGAGCCUCAAGUGUCCAAUCUUGAAAGAAAGUUCAACACUACCAUAAUGACGGCCAGACGUGCCUGUGAUCAUUUGUCGAUACAACAUGUAAUCCAGGGUUUCGAUUCAAAAAUCUACCACAGGAGAAAGAUGUUGUGUCAAGCCAUGGAACUCCCUUUCAAAACACGUCAAAAUCGACAAGUUCCACUUGAUCAGCUGACCUCGUUCCAUCAAUUUCUCACAGAACUACGGGAAACUGCUGGUGCACUUCCAUUCGACGACUUGUCACUCAACGAUUCAACAGUCCUAGGAGGACCCAUGAAUACAAGGGGAAUCGACCUAGGAAACUCGCACCAGAAUUCUGUUCAUAUCCCCAUAACUCCCAUGCUAAAAAGUGUCAAUCUGACCGACCAGGCCAAUCAAUCGGCAAGGCUUUAUCACCAGUUCGAACGUUUUGUCGUCAGCAAUCAGCGUAUUGUAAAUGGCAGUUUGGAACUUCAGCAAGCCAUUAAAACAGGCUUUCUCGACCUGGCUCAGAAGUUCGCUCUUAUAGACAGUCUGGGCACAAGUGACGUAUAUUUGGACCUGUAUGAUUCGACUAUGAGGAUCGCAAGUGUACUCGAAUCGAUGUUCUUCGCUAAUCCUUUUUUGAACCAUGAGGAUAGAAUUUCAGAUCUUGCGGCGCGAGACGCAUACAUAGACAGUUGGCUGAAGUACGAAUUUCCGCCCGAAAGAAGGCCUUCCACGUCCAUGGUGCGUGAAACGAUCGCUCUCGUCCCGCAGUGGAUUCGGGAUGGCUUGACAGGCCACUUUCACAUGUAUCACCCUUUGUCGACGCCCAUCGGCCAUGUAGGAGAUGUUCGUCAAUCAGGAUUACGACCAACGACUUUCUUGCCAGAACUCGCGAGCAGCAAUCAUGAUAUGCUCGAUCACAAAUCCAAGAGUACAGAAAAGGAAGGUACCGGAGGCUUCGAAAUGAGCUCAUAUAACAUACCACCCACUGAUGUUUGUUACUCAGUAAGGCCGCUGGUGCCUGUGAUUGUUUCUGGUCUGCAUAAUACCUCACUAAUCCAAUCAAACCCAUGGAACCUUAAGGAGGUAACGGAUCCUCGCGCGGCAUGGUCAGCAUCAAACUAUCUCGGCUUCGAACAAGGUGCAGACAUGGGUGUCUCCCCAGACGCUAACGGACUCAUUGGCUUACCAAAACAUCUGAUCUUGCUGGAUGGCAUGGAAUCAUCCUUGACCAAAAUAGGGAGUGAUUUUGGGCGGGGAAAUCCUGGUAGAUCUCAAGGGCAAGGGAGUCCUAACCCAUCUAUUGGGCCGAUGUGGAUGACGUCCGCUCAAUCAUCGAUCAUUGUCUCAAAUGGGGACGAUUGGGAAUAUCUCAAAAUCGGCAGAGAUGUCACUUCUCGGAUCCCCAUACGUGGUGAUUCUAAGAGAAAGAGACCGAUCACCCUCGUGGCUCAAUUAUCUCGACAUUCUAGAAGCGGAUCGGGACUAGAAUACUCAGUAGAGAAUUUGUGGUAUUGGUACCUAGCAGAAGUCAUGCAACACCGAUAUAGUUGCCCCAUCAGCGGAGGUCACCGCCAGAUUAGGUGA